AUGGCUGCUCCCAACGCUUACAUUAGAGCCACCGAGACGGCGCAGUAUGUGCGCUCCCAGCUGCCCGAGGCUUUACAGCACCCAAAAGUUGCCAUUGUGUGCGGCUCGGGACUGGGUGGUUUGGCUGAUACUAUCGAACCGGAGCCCAAAGUUGAGCUGUCUUAUGCCACUAUUCCCAACUUUCCCCAAGCCACUGUUCUGGGCCAUGCGAGCAAGUUUGUCUUUGGGCAGAUUGGGGAGCACAAGACGCCCGUGGCUCUUCUGGUCGGACGCGCACAUUUCUACGAGGGCCACGAUAUGGAUGUUGUCACAUUUGCUGCUCGUGUGUGCAAACUCCUGGGCGUAGAGACCAUUGUUGUCACCAACGCCGCUGGUGGACUGAACCAAACCUACAGUGUCGGCGACAUUGUGUGCUUGAAUGACCACCUCAACAUCGCUGGUCUGGUCGGCGUACACCCCCUGCGUGGACCCAACCUUGACGACUUUGGCACACGCUUCCCCCCGCUAUCAGAUGCAUACGACCUCGACCUGAGGAGGCGGACGCACAAGGCCUGGGCGAAACUAGGACUCGACCAAGGAAAGAGGAAGUUGCACGAGGGUGUGUACGCGUUUGUUGGAGGACCAACCUACGAGACCCGAGCCGAAUGUCGAAUGCUCAGUAUGCUGGGAGCCGAUGUGGUAGGAAUGUCGACUGUUCCAGAGAUCAUCGUUGCCCGACACGCUGGGAUGCGUGUCCUCGCCUUCAGCUUGGUGACAAACUCGGCCGUUCUCGAAGCCGGCUCCUGGGGGAACGAUCCCGAGAUUCAGGCAAUGAGCAGGUCAGAAUUGGCAGAUCACCUGAACAAGGGCAAGGCAAACCACGAAGAGGUGCUGGAGGCAGGACGUGAGGCUGCCAAAGAUAUGCAGGCACUGGUAAAGCAAAUACUGUCAGACCUGUACGAGGACUAA